AUGGCAAAAUCGUGGAGAAUUUUGGAGAGACCAAAAUCUUUAUGGCGCAAACCUGCAAGGUUGAAGAGGUCUUCAUCUCUUUCCACAGUUCAUAUUCUGGUUCUCUCUGAUUCUGUUCGACUCGUAACCUUCAGUUCGUUCGAUUGGUCAUUUGUCAAUAAAGGAGAAAGCAAGGGGGAGCUUCGCUCGGAGCUCUUGAGCAGAUUAAAAAGAAAAAAGGGGGCUAUGUUUGAAGUUGUCCAAGAUCUUGAGCAUCUUGAGUCUCGAAGUGUAGAGAUGUUAUGUCACUUGGAAAAGGUUUUUCCUCCAUUUUUUACAAUUAUGGUACAUACGGCGACUCAUUUGAUUUCUGAAGCCAAGGUUGGAGGACCUGUUCUUUAUCGAAGGAUGCAUCCUAUUGAGAGUUGCAAUUGAUUGGAUUGCGCAAAUGACUUUUAUGUGUUUGCCUAAGGCACUUGGUCGAGGAAGGCUAGAAUACUUGUGCUGUGAAGUCUCGGAUUGCAAGUUGCUGCUGAUUUACAUUUUUUUUUUCUAUUAUUAUUUUUUUGUUAUCCAUUGUAUUUGUUAAGUUUUUUUUUUUUUUUAUAGCAUAAUUAAUACAGAUGACCUCAUUUAUUAAUAUAAUUUCAUGUUUUCUA